CUCUUCCCAGCCCGCACCAGAGUCACGCGAGAGGAUGAGCAGCCCCCGCCGCCGCCCCCGCUCCUCGGCGGCGCCGCCGCUGGAUGACGACGACCUGCUCGCCGAGAUCCUCCUCCGCCUCCCCCCGCAGCCCUCAUCCCUCCCUCGCGCCUCCGCCGUCUGCAAGUUCUGGCGCAGCCUCGCCUCCGACCCCGGCUUCUCCGGCCGCUUCCGCGCGCACCACCGCCGAAACCCUCCCCUCCUCGGCUGGCUCGUCAAUAAUUUUUGCGAGGUUCGCUUCCAGCCUACCCCGGAGCACCCCAAUCGCGUCCCGGAAGCCCGCUUCUCCUUCCCAAUCAAGGCCAGCAGCCGCUUCUGGCCCCUCCGAUGCCGCCAUGGCCUCGUACUCGUCUCCCUCUCCUUGCAGAAAGCCUCGCAGAGGAAGCUCCUGGUGUGGGACCCCAUAACCGGCGACCAGCACCUCCUGGACAUUCCUCCAGGGUUCCACAUCGAGUCAAUCAGUGCGGCGGUACUUCGUUAUUUGUGAUGGUUGGGGGUUCCUUUUAUUGGUUGCUUUAUGGUUAUGGGAAUUCGCAACAAAUCCUUGAAUUUGAUUUGGAUAAGCGGAGCCUAGCUUUCAUACCCAUGCCAGUGAGUGACAUUGGAGACAUGAGAGAUGGCAAUAUUUGGGUUAUGCCGGCAGAGGGUGGUGGCCUUGGUUUACUCUUUCUGAGAGGCAUUUGUGCCCAAUUAUGGAAGAGGAAGACCGAUUGCAAGGGUGUUGCCUCAUGGGUGCUGGGAAAAACUGUUGAAUUGGACAAGCUACUUUCCCUGAAUUCAGAGAAGCAGAGAGAGCGCCCAAGGAUACUCGGGUUUGCUGAGGACAAUAAUGUGGUGUUAUUGUGGACAUCUGUCGGCGUCUUCACGGUCCAGUUUGAAUCAUUGCAGAUCAAGAAAGUUUUCGAAUCCAGCACCUGGUAUCUCUAUUUUCCAUUCGAAGGUGUCUAUACUGCAGACGGGUGCAUUGGUGGUGGACCCUCUGGAGCUAAACUUUUGUACAAUACAUAAUCUGAUUUGUCUCAAUAGACAUGCUAACGUGAUGAAAUGCUUGAGCAGGUACUAUCUGUUAGUAGUAGCAGAAUGAAAUAUUUCCCCUUUCUUUUUAUUUUUGCUGGGUGCUACAUUGCAUUGCUUUUUUUAUUCUGUGGUUAUGGGUCUGUCAAGUUUGAGGAUGAUUUGUUUGUUGUUCCAUCAAUGCAAAUAGUUGAUGACUAACAACACCUCAGCACUUGGCUUGAAACUUUCUUUAUUAAUAUGGGUUUGCCAUUUCACAUAUUGCUUUUUUAGGGAAACAUUUUCACAUUAUUGCUCAUGCAGUAUCUUUUUUUCGAGAGUACGCCUAGGCGUACCUUAGCUUUAUAGAAGGCAGAAUUGUAAGUACAAGAAUACUGCCGCUCAUUGCGAACAAUGAACGUAGUAUGAACAAACACACUCCGGUAAGACCAAUACAACCACCAACAGCUAAACAAAUCUACAAAGCAAAAGUGUCUGUCCUAACUGAAAACAACACCGCGUCUCGACCAACGCCUAGCACCUCCGAAGACCACGAUCUCUCACUGAACUUCACUUGUCAAUGCACCAUCCACUCUGUAUGCCUAAGAGGAGAUGGCAAGUGAAUGGAAGAACUAGUCAGCUCCGAGAAAGACACCGUCUUGGACACACCUGCGACGGUCGUACAUAGCGCCGCCGAAGAUCAAAAUAGGACCACGGCAAACACCGGAGGAAAGCAACGAGGAACCAAGCCGUGUCUCCAAACAUGAUGCUCCCAACAAAGGAGCGAUGUCGAGGACGCCGCCAUCAUGUCGAUCCUAUCGAAUCGAGGCUUUCGCCCGGAGACAACAACCAACUCCAAACGAGCUAGGGAAAUGCCGAACACACCUCGACGACGCCUCCAAGAAGGGGAACGACACCCACGGGUGCCAUCGCCGCCGGCCCGACAAAAGCCGUGCAAGAUUUUCAUCUGAUCGUCGCACAUCUCCGCACCUCGAAGAAAUUGGGCAGCCCGUCCAAGUAGCUUCGCACCACCGCCACCGCAACACCUCGCCGUCGCAUCUGCAAAGCCGAGGACCGCCAACAGACCGCACAACGAAGAGAAGCGCGGUCCAACAAGCACCAUCCACCUAGCUGAGGGACAACAACCACCCAACACCUCCGGCAAGAGCCCGAACCGCCGACGAAGGCUAUCACCCGCUCCAAGGGACAACCUUGCGACGACCCAGUACCUAGCCACGGACAACUCCCACGCUGGCACUACUGGGAGAGCACCACCGCUCGCCACACAGCCCAGAGGUAGCCUGACGCUUGCUGCUCGCCAAGAACUCCAUCCUAGCCGAGCCAUCACAGCGCCGCCACCGGUCUGGUUGGUAGAUCAUGACGCCGCCUCCAGAUACGCCACCGCACCAGUCCGCCUCACCGCAUCACUGCUUGUCCCCGCCAAGACCACCGCUCCUUCACGCCUCCUGCUGUGCACUGUCGACGGCCACCACCACACCGAGCCACCAUUGCAGCCGCCUGCACCACCAUAGUGCCCAGCAGCCAUGGAGGCCUGGCGUCACCGCGCCUGAAGGAAGCAGCGGCCGAACCCGGGCCGGCCAGAUCCAGAUCGGGACGAGCAGGAUCGGGAGGGACCGAGGCUCUCGGCCGUCGCCGCCACAGGCUGCACCACCGGACGGGGAACACCCCACCACCACGGCCACCGCGUCAAGCCGCCGUCGG